CAACAGCUAUACAAUCACCUUGUCAGCUUGACUGCACCUUUUAUAAGACGAAAAUCUAAGUUGUGAGCUGUUUGUGUAUUAUAGCUCCCUCAAUAUCGUUAUGGAGUCCGACACGUUGCCUCAACAGCGGAAGAAGCCAUAUCAGCGAUCCACCACCGGUUGUAUUAUGUGCCGCACCCGAAAGAAGAAAUGCGACGAACAGCAUCCCAUUUGCAUAGGCUGCCAGCGCAAUAAGUUGAUUUGUGAAUGGCCUUCUGUGGAGAGACCUCAGCGCAAACCACGUCGUCCGCAGCACCACCACUUGACGCACACGGGCUAUGCACUCCCCCCUCAUAUUGAGGCGAUGAUCACCGUCUUUGCUGUACCUGAUGCAGACAUGGCCAGUCGUCUCCUGUCGCACUUUACCGACUACAGCCCGCGAUGGCUCUCCACCCGCACAGGACGCCGCCGGUCGGCGUUCUUGGAUCAUCUCAUUCCAGCCGCGAUGGACAGUCCGCUCAUCCUGAAAUGCAUGCUGACCGUAGCAGCCGCGGAUCUGGUCAAGUACGAUCCUUUCAAUGUGAGACUAAAGGGAGCUACGGUGGAGUACUGCGGCGAAGCACUGACGAGCCUUCGCGAAGCCAUCGCCAACGAAGAGAGAUCGGGGGCCGGCCUCUCAGGCGCAGACUAUACCCUGUUAGCUAUAUUAUUGAUAUGUCUCCACGAGGUUCAAAAUUUUACUCAUGUGCAACGGCUACUGCCUCAUCUGAACGCUGCUGCUACCCUCUUCUCGCAGAGGGGAGAGGAGGCGCCACCCAACUCGGAGCUCCGGCAGUACAUGUCUGAGAUAUUCUGCUAUUUUUUCGCCCUCACGACAUUCACCCACGGCUCCCACCUCGCCGUUCACCGCGGCUCAUCGAUCCUUGAAUCAUAUCUGACCUUCCCUGGCGGCACAGGCGCAAUUUUGGGCAGUGCCCAGCAGAUCUUCCUCAUCAUCUUCCGGGCGUCCCGCCUCAUUCAACAAGCCAAAAAAGCCGGCGUACCACUUGACACGACUAUUAAAACCAAGCUCACAGCAAUGGAGCGACAACUCCACGCCCUUCAGAGCACCACGCUACCUCCGUUCAGCACGGGCUACACCAACAUGGAAGAACACGGCGACGCCAUCAUGUCCGAGCUCUACAGACUCGCAUGUGUUUUGUACCUCAAACGAACGAUUGAUCCUGCCCUCGAUGUCAGGUCCAACGCAAUCCAAGCUCUUGUGACCGACUUCAUUCGAUUGUUGGAACUGCUCCCGCCGCACCACCCCGUGAACUGUAUCUUGUGUUGGCCGCUGGUAGUCGCCGGUCUGUGUACGACGCUGCAUGCGCACCAGCGGGUGAUCACGACGCGGCUGGGACAGAUCUACGGGGUGUGGACGUCGGAGCUGGUGACGAUGAGUAUGGAGCUUUUGCGACAGAUGAAUGGUCCGGCAUCGGAGGGUCGGAGCAUAGCUGCGUAUGGGAUGCAUGAUUUGCAGUUUCCAAUGGUUCUUCUGUAG